UUAUUUUUUAUGCUCCUAGUUUUUCUAAUCGCAAGAAUUUAAAAUACAAUAAAAACAGUUACUUAAAAUAAAUAUUGUACAAUGGAGGUCGUUCAGGAAUUACAGGAGCGCGCUUUGCCGGUCUACGAACAGUUGAAAAGAUACAAUAUCUGUGACGAUUCUGAAAUCAGUAAUUACAAACAGAAGAGGGAAUCCUUCGCACUACAGCUUACACAAAAGAGUGUUAACAGUCGUACUUAUGUGGAAUAUAUUAUACUUGAACGUAAGAUGUAUCGCUUGGUUGAGCGCAAGGAGGCCAGCUUUAAAACUGAGGUGCGAGGUCUGAAGAAUAACCUUAUAAAUCACAUUACAAAAUUGUAUCGGGAGUGUCUUCAAAAAUUUCCGGAAGCUGAAGGCUUGUGGAAUCACUUCAUAGAGUUCAGUAAACAUUCGAAUCCAGCACAAGUACUUGGCAUCUAUGAAAAAAUGCUCACUUAUCAUGGAUCAAACGAAAAAAACUGGGUGGAAGCAGCACUAUGGGCUUUCAGCAAUGAUAGCGAAAGUUUUAUAUGGCAAGACAUUUGUACAAGAGGAUUACAGCGACAUCCUAAUGAAGAGAUACUUACCAAAACAUUAUUUGAUUUAUUAGUGUUUGUUGCACAUAAACGAUUUGAAGCUGGUCAGAGACUCGAUUACGAGAGCGCCUUAAGACAAGCAGAAUGUGUAUAUAGAAAUAGUCGCACAACUAUAACUAAUUUGCAAUUUUUUAUUGGUUUGGUGCGACGUUGUGAAGAACCUCCAUUUAUUAACAUUACAGCACCCUUACAAUUAAAGAUUAUUGAAGAUCUGGUGGAACGUUAUCCAUCACAAGAAAAAUUGUGGGAUUUUUUGGCACAGCGGGAGUUACGCGGAUUUGCCCUGAGUGAUUUAAAGGAACAUGCUCAAAGAAAUGAACACGCCAACAAUGUGGCUUCAGAAAUUGAUAAUCUGGACUCUGCUGACAAUGGUUCAUAUUUGACAAUGCCGGUGUUCAAAGAUCGCACAAUGGGACAACGUAUUGAAUUAUGCGCUAAGGUAUAUGAAACAGCCUUAAAAACGCUGAAAACUCGAACAAUCUGCCACGAUUACAUUAGCGCAAUGUUGAUUAUAAAUGAAAAUAAUGAAACAGAUUUGAAAACAAGACGGAAAUACUUGGCGAUGGCUCUAAAAAUGGGUCAUGAAUCUGGUCUAAUGAGUGAGGAGCAUUAUUGUGUAUUUUUGCGUUUAUUAAUCGUAACUGAAACCGGAAGGAAAAUCGCUGAGUCCAUUCUAAGUGAAGUGUGUUCAGCAUACAAAUCUGUAAAAUUGUACGAGGUAUGGCUUUCCUACUAUAUAAGUCAAAACGACUCAGACAUGGUUGAAAAAAUUCAUGCCAAAGCAGUGAAGGACCUAGGAGAUAAAUCUGGACCAAUAUUUGAGUUAGCUAUUCAAUACUUCAAAACACGAUAUGAUGAAGACCGUUCGACCCUUGAUCGAUUGUACCGUGAUGCUAUUAAAAUGACUAAUCCAAAAUUUGGCAUAUUUCGUGCUCAAUAUCUGGAGUUUUGCAUGAUUAAUUCUCCUUUUGACAAAGUGCGGAAAGAAUACGACCAUUUAAGUCAAUUGCCGCCACCCUGCCUAAAAUUGCAUGAAAAAAUGGCUGAAUUGGAAUCCCAAGUUAUUUUAAGGACUAAAAAGGACACUGAGCGCCGGCGACAGGUGUAUGAGAAUAUGGUAUUACAGUUUGGUAAGGAAAACACAUCGGUUUGGAUGGAAUAUGUGCGUUUUGAAUGUUCAUUUGGUGACAAAAAUCGUGUAGCACAUAUUCAUGAUCGAGCGAAGGCGACCUUAAACGAGAAUUUAGUAUACCCCUUCCAAAUGGAAUAUGAUUUAAAAAAGGAAAAUUUCAAAGCCGAAGUUGAUUAAGUCAUGUUUACCUACACAAAAUAAAAUAAAGCUUAAAAUAACUUAUCUAAUGUA